GGCAGCUGCUGCGGAGCCGCGGAGCGGGCGGCGGGGCAGGGGCUGUGCGCUCGGGACGCGCGGCAUGUGAGGCUCGUCGGGCCGCAGCGCGCACGGACGACUCAGACCGGCGAGGGGCGGCGACCCCUCGCGGACGCUCGGCCGCGCGCGGGCCCGGGGACUCGCCCGCUCGCUCGCCCUUGCGCGCGCCCUGCGCCCUCCAGCGCGCUGGUGGGACCAUGAAGAAGUUCUCUCGAAUGCCCAAGUCGGAGGGCGGCGGCGGCGGCGGAGCGGCAGUCGGCGCGGCCGGCGCCGGGACCGGCUGCGGCUCCGGCAGCUCGUCCGUGGGGGUCCGGGUGUUCGCAGUCGGCCGCUACCAGGUCACCCUGGAGGAGUCGCUGGCCGAAGGUGGAUUCUCCACGGUUUUCCUAGUGCGUACACAUGGUGGUAUCCGUCAUGCAUUGAAGCGAAUGUAUGUUAAUAACUUGCCAGACCUCAACAUUUGUAAAAGGGAAAUUAUAAUUAUGAAAGAGCUCUCUGGUCAUAAAAAUAUCGUGGGUUAUUUGGACUGUGCUGUUAACUCAAUUAGUGAUAAUGUAUGGGAAGUGCUUAUUUUAAUGGAAUAUUGUCGAGCUGGGCAGGUAGUGAAUCAGAUGAAUAAGAAGCUGCAGACAGGUUUUACGGAGCCAGAAGUGUUACAGAUAUUCUGUGAUACCUGUGAAGCUGUUGCGAGGUUGCAUCAGUGUAAGACUCCAAUAAUUCACCGUGAUCUGAAGGUGGAAAAUAUUUUGUUAAAUGAUGGUGGAAACUAUGUACUAUGUGACUUUGGCAGUGCCACUAAUAAGUUUCUUAAUCCUCAAAAAGAUGGAGUUAACGUAGUAGAAGAAGAAAUUAAAAAGUAUACAACUCUGUCAUACAGAGCCCCUGAAAUGAUCAACCUUUAUGGAGGGAAACCCAUCACCACCAAGGCUGAUAUCUGGGCACUGGGAUGUUUACUGUAUAAACUUUGUUUCUUCACUCUUCCUUUUGGUGAGAGUCAGGUUGCUAUCUGUGAUGGCAGCUUCACCAUCCCAGACAAUUCUCGUUACUCCCUUAACAUACAUUGCUUAAUCAGGUUCAUGCUUGAACCAGAUCCAGAGCGUAGACCUGAUAUAUUUCAAGUGUCCUAUUUUGCAUUUAAAUUUGCAAAGAAAGAUUGUCCAGUCUCCAACAUCAAUAAUUCUUCUGUUCCUUCAGCUCUUCCUGAACCGAUGACUGCUAGUGAAGCAGCUUCUAGGAAAAGCCAAAUAAAAGCCAGAAUAACAGAUACCAUUGGGCCAACAGAAACCUCAAUUGCACCAAGACAAAGACCAAAGGCCAACUCUACUACUGCCACUCCCAGUAUGCUGGCCAUUCAAAGUUCAGCAACGCCUAUUAAAGUCCCUGCUCCUAGUGAAUUUGGUAACCACAGACCAAAAGGAGCACUGAGACAUGGAAGCGGCCCUGAGACUUUACUGGCUCAGGGCCCCCCUGAACAGCCUCCACAACAGCAUAGAGUGCUUCAGCAACUACAGCAGGGAGACUGGAGAUUGCAGCAGUUGCAUUUACAGCAUCGCCAUCCUCACCAGCAGCACCAGCUACUUCAGGAUGCUUAUAUGCAGCAGUAUCACCAUGCACAGCGGCAGCAGCUCCUUCAGCAGCAGUUUUUAAUGCACUCAGUGUGCCAGCUGCAGCCUCCUGCGCCGCCGUGCCCUCCCGUGAUGCAGCAUUAUCAGCAGGCUUUCCUGCAGCAGCAAAUGCUAGCUCAGCAUCAGUCUCAACAGCAGACAUCACCCGAGUAUCUUACUUCCCCUCAAGAGUUCUCACCAGCCUUAGUUUCCUACACUUCACCACUCCCAGCUCAGGUUGGAACCAUAAUGGACUCCUCUUUUGGUGCCAAUAGGUCUGUUGCUGAUAAAGAGGCAGUUGCAAAUAUUACAAAUCAGAAGAACAUCAGUAACCCACCUGAUAUGUCAGGAUGGAAUCCUUUUGGAGAGGAUAAUUUCUCCAAGUUAACGGAAGAGGAACUGUUGGACAGAGAAUUUGACCUUCUAAGAUCAAACAGGCUCGAGGAGAGAGCAUCCUCAGAUAAGAAUGUAGACCCACUCUCUGCUCCACAUAACCAUCCUCCAGAAGAUCCUUUUGGUUCUGUUCCUUUCAUUUCUCACUCAGGUUCUCCUGAAAAGAAAAUUGAACAUUCAUCCAUGAAUCAAGAAAAUACCACUGCAAACUCUAUCAAGAAUAGAAAAGCAAGUCCAGUAUCUAAAGACCUCCGGACUGGAAAGAAAACCUCAGAGAAUUCAUCAGUAGAAGGUCAGUUGCAAAAGGGGAAUGAUGAAUCUGAAAGUGAUUUUGAAUCAGAUCCCCCAUCUCCUAAGAGCAGUGAAGAGGAAGAGCAAGAUGAUGAAGAAGUUCUUCACGGAGAGCAAGGAGAUUUUAAUGAUGAUGAUACUGAACCAGAAAAUCUGGGUCACAGGCCUCUCCUCAUGGAUUCUGAAGAUGAGGAAGAAGGAAAACACAGCUCUGAUUCUGAUUAUGAGCAGGCCAAAGGAAAGUACAGAGACGGGAGCCCUGUCUGCAGAGGCAGAUCUGGCAGUGGGCCAAUCCAGGAUCCUAACAGAACACUCCUCACCCAAACCCGAUCACCCUCUGAUGCUGGAGUGGAGACCCCUACACAGGAGUUCGAUGUGUUUGGCGCUGUCCCCUUCUUUGCAGUGCGUGCUCAACAGCCCCAACAAGGAGAGAAUGAAAAGAACUUCUCUCAAUGGACCAAGUUGCCUACUGUGGGACUAGAGCAAGAGGAAUUUGAUGUAUUCACCAAGGCACCCUUUAGCAAGAAGGUGAAUGUACAAGACUGCCAUGCAGUGGGGCCCGAGGCACAUACUCUCCCUGCUUGUCCCAAACGUGUAGAUAUAUUUGGCUCCACUCCAUUUCAGCCCUUUCCCACCUCAACAAUUAAAAGUGAGAGCAGUGAGGACCUUUUUGGGCUUGUGCCCUUUGAGGAAAUAGCUGGGAGUCAGCAGCAAAAAGUCAAACAGCGUAGUUUACAGAAACUGUCCUCUCGCCAAAGGCGCACAAAGCAGGAUGUGUCCAAAAGUAACGGGAAGCGGCAUCAUGGCACGCCAGCCAGCACGAAGAAGACUGUGAAGCCUGCCUACCGCACUCCAGAGAGGGCGCGCAGGCACAAAAAGGUGGGCCGCCGAGACUCUCAAAGCAGCAAUGAAUUUUUAACCAUCUCAGACUCCAAGGAGAACAUUAGUGUUGCACUGACUGAUGGGAAAGACAGAGGGAAUGUCCUGCAGCCUGAGGAGAGUCUGUUGGACCCCUUCGGUGCCAAGCCCUUCCAGCCACCAGACGUGCCAUGGCACUCUUCACAUCAGGGCCUGAGUGACAUCCGUGCCGAUCAUAAUACCGUGCUGCCUGGGCGGCCAAAACCAAAUUCACGGCAUGGAGCAUUCCAUAGCGCAGAGGUGUUGAAGAUGGACGAUUUUGGUGCCGUGCCCUUUACAGAACUUGUGGUGCAAAGUGUCACUUCACAUCAGCCCCAACAGUCCCAGUCAGUUGAAUUAGACCCAUUUGGUGCUGCUCCAUUUCCUUCUAAACAGUAGAUACUUCUGACAGACUCUUGGCAUUAACUCCUGUUUCAAAAAAGUAUGAACAGUUUUAUGGAUUUGAAAGAAAAUUUAUUUGUAUAGCUCUUUAUAUCAUUCAUUCUUACAGGUCAGUCAGACUAGGGGAUUUUUAAAUAAACCAAACAGAAUGAGGAAGUCUCUCUGCAGGGCAGUGAUGUGCUGUCUCCUCCAUGAAGAGGAGAGGGAGCCACGCUUCAAGCUUGACCCAGGGUCUGGCUGCUGACAGGGCGGCCCAGGACAGCAGGAACGCAUAUGGCAUCUUUCCAGCUGCACAGCCACUGAAAAGGAGCUGGAAAGUCAAGUCAUUGCUUUUAUAACAGAAUGUCACUUGUGUGUGCGUAUCCCAGACUCAUUCCAGAAUCAGCAUUUAAAACUAAGGUUAUUUAUACAUACACAGGUUGCACUUGUGGAUUUUUAAAAAAGUCUCUUCUAAUUUCCACACACAAAAAAAUCUAGUUCUUGUGAAGAAUUAGAAAGCUGUUAUCGAGAGUGCAGAGAUUUUAGUCCUUGUACCUUUCUCUACAAGCAGAGCCAGAAGUAACUUACUAUUGUGCCUAAAGUUUCAUUUUUAAAAAGAAGUGCCAUUAUUAUGGAAUAUCUACAUUGAAAGCUACAACAAAAACUAAAGAGAAGAAAUGUCUGAGUGGGAAAAUGUAAAAA